UCGGUGAUUCGGUAUAGAUUCAGCGGAGACAGCUGUAUGCGCAAAGAGAAUCACAACCUCUCCAAGACUUCCCGUGCGCAACAGAAAAUACUGGACAUUAACGAAGUUCAGCAACCACCUUCUGCUCUCCGACGCGGGUAACAAUGACCCGGAGCCCAGUGGCGAGGCUUCUGGUGCUGUUAAGCAUCGGGGGAUCUAUCCACUGUAUGCCACAAGCCGCGGGGAAAAGCAAAAGACAUUCGCAGGAUCAAAUUCAGUUGGACCCGGUGUUUGAUGAAGCCAUAAGUUUAGCAGUGCAUCAAACUGGCUGCACCGAGAACGGGCGCGUUUAUAAGCUGAACGAUCAGUGGGAGCGUCCCUACAUGGGCAGCACUCUUCUGUGCAAUUGUCAAGGGGCUUCGGGGGUCAAGUGUAAAUCCAAGCCUGCAGCCGAGGAGACGUGCUAUGACAAAUUCAAUGCCCGAUCUUAUCAAGUCGGAGAAACCUACGAGCGACCUAAGGAUGGGAUGAUUUGGGAUUGUACCUGCAUUGGGUCAGGAAAGGGCAAAAUAAGUUGCACAAUCGCAAACCGCUGCCAUGAAGGAGGUAACUCAUACAGAAUUGGGGAUACAUGGAAACGACCCCAUGACACUGGAGAUUACAUGCUAGAGUGUGUCUGCCUCGGCAAUGGAAAGGGGGAAUGGACUUGUAAACCUGUCGCUGAGCGUUGCUAUGACGACUCACAGGGAGCUUUAUACACGGUGGGUCAAACAUGGCAGAAAUCAUAUCAGGACUGGAUGAUCAUGGACUGCACAUGUUUGGGAGAGGGUAACGGGCGCAUCACCUGCACCUCCAGAAACCGUUGUAAUGACCAGGACACCAGAACCUCAUAUCGCAUCGGCGAGACCUGGACCAAAUACGACACCAGUGGAAACACCCUGCAGUGUCUCUGCACGGGCAACGGUCGUGGAGAAUAUAAGUGCGAUAGGCAUGCUGCUUCCCACACGGUCCCUGACAGGAGUGGUGCCUCAGUUGAUGUUCGGGUUCGACCGGUGACAGAUCAAGUCAACGUCGUGUCCGAACUGCUUGAGGAGGGCGACUGUAAAACCGAUUCCGGCGUGUGGUAUUUCAAUGGAAUGAGCUGGAUCAGGACUCAGGGCAGCAAGGAGAUGCUGUGCACAUGUGUCGGCGGGGGAAUCAGUUGCCAGGAACACGAUGGACAGUCACAGGUUUAUGGAGGGAACUCUGGCGGGCAGCCGUGUGUUUUCCCCUUUGUGUUCGAUGGAAAAACUCACUACUCCUGCAUUUCUGAUGGUCGAACUGAUGGUCAGCUUUGGUGCAGCACCACCUCUGAUUACGACAAUGACCGCAUGUACUCGUUCUGUACCCGGAGGAACCAGUUCGUGACGACUCGUGGAGGAAACUCGAAUGGAGCUCUCUGUCAGUUUCCCUUCAGAUACAAUGGCCGUAACUACACCGACUGCACAUCUGAUGGGCGUCGUGAUAGUAUGAAGUGGUGUGGUACCACAACGGAUUAUGAUACAGAACGACGAUAUGGAUUCUGUCCCAUGGCAGCUCAUGAGGAAAUCUGCACUUAUAAUGACAUCAUGUAUCGUGUCGGAGAUGAAUGGGACAAGCGGCAUGACACUCUUGGUCACAUGAUGCGCUGCACGUGCUUGGGAAAUGGACGGGGAGAGUGGAACUGUAUUUCACACACUCAGCUCAGAGACCAGUGUGUCGUGAACGAACAGACGUACGAGGUGAACGAGACCUUUGAGAAGCGUCACGAUCAGGGCUACAUGAUGAACUGCACAUGCUACGGUCAGGGCCGCGGUCGCUGGAAGUGUGAUGCCGUUGACCAAUGUCAGGAACCCGAGACCAAGACGUUCUACCAGAUAGGUCAGACGUGGAACAAAGACAUCCAGGGCAUCCCGCACAGAUGUUCAUGCUAUGGAAACGGCAUUGGAGAGCUGGCCUGUGAACCUCUGCAGUCCACGGCUCCUGUUCGUGUCAUCAUCACCGAAGCUGGAAACCAGCCCAAUUCUCAUCCGAUCCAGUGGAACGCCCCCCCUUCUGCCCACAUCACUCAAUAUAUUCUGAAGUGGAGAGUUAAAAACUCACGCUCGCCCUGGAAAGAGGCGACCAUUCCCGGGCACAUCAACUCCCACACCAUUUCAGGCCUAAAACCGGGUUUGACGUAUGAAGGUCAACUCAUCAGCAUUUUGCGAUACGGACCCAGAGAGGUCACUCGCUUUGACUUCACAACUACAUACGGCUCUCUGGCCAGAGCAGAAGGCGAGACCACCCAGCCCGCGCCCGAGGUGGACACCUCAGAAUCUGUCACUGAGAUCACCUCUAGCGGAUUCGUGAUCUCAUGGGUGUCUGCGUCCGACACCGUAUCUGGAUUCAGAGUGGAAUAUGAGCUCUCGGAGGACGGAGCUCAGCCACAGGUGAUCGACCUCCCUAGAUCAACCACAUCAGUCAACCUACAAGAUCUUCUGCCUGGUCGUAGAUACAACGUACAAGUGUUUGAAGUCAAUCCUGAAGGAGACACGAAUCUCAUCUUGACGACCACACAGACCACCGCACCCGAUGCGCCAACCAAUCACGAGGUCACAGAUGUUCGAGAGACGUCCAUGGUUAUCAGAUGGUCCAAGCCUAAGGCACCGAUCACUAGUUACCGUGUGGUUUACACACCGUCCAUUGAGGGCAGCAGCACUGAACUCAUCCUGCCUGAGACUGAGACAUCGGUGACGUUGGGUGGCCUUCGACCUGGCUUGCAGUACAACGUCAGUAUUUACUCAGUGAAAGACAACAUGGAGAGCAAACCUUUAGACAUUCAGAUCAGCACUGCUGGACAACAACAGCCUGAGAAGGUCCAAGCCCCCACUGACCUGCAGUUCUAUGAAGUUACCGAUACCAAGAUCACCAUCACAUGGACUGGUCCUCCCCAAGAGGUUUCCGGAUACCGCGUGACCUUUGCCCCCGUCAGCACCGAUGGCCAAACCCAUAGACCGAUUAACUAUCCCAUCACAAGUAACGCUUACGCCGAGCUCACGCACCUGCAGCCGGGAACUCUUUAUCGUUUCCAUAUCUAUGCCAUCAGCGGAGCGGUGGAGAGUAAACCACUGGUUGGGGAGAAAUCUACCAAACCCGAAGCCCCUACCGACCUGCGCUUUACAGACAUCACUGAGGACAGCGCUUUAGUCAUCUGGGGCGUCCCCAGAUCACAGAUCACUGGUUAUCGUCUCUUUAUCAGCAUGGGAAGUUCAAGACCUGAACAGUUUAAGAUCCCGGGUGGCCAGUCUGAGUAUACCCUCAGUAAACUUAAGCCUGACACAGAGUACAUGGUCACCCUGUAUUCAGAGCAAGGCAACACCCUCAGCGAAGGAGUCACUGAAGUCUUCAGAACAUCUCAACCGAUGGGUAAUGCACCUCGAUUCACCACUGAAGUCACAGACACAGCCAUCAUCAUUUCAUGGACCCCUGUGCGACGAUUCAGCUACAGGUUGACCGUCAUGCCUUCACUUGGUGGCGAAUCUCCUAGGGAUGAAACCUCUGACACGGGCAGUCUGAUUGUUUCCGGUCUGACUCCAGGAGUGGAGUACACUUACAGCAUGCAGCCCUUGUUCAAUGGUCGAAAACAUGGCAACCCGAUCACAAAUAAAGUUGUGACCUCUCUGUCUCCACCGACUGACCUGAAUGUAGUGUCAAACCCUGCCACCGGUGAACUCAAUGUGAGAUGGACCGCCACCAAAACUCCUGACAUCACUGGUUACAGAAUUUCAUGCACACCAACCAAUGGGCAGCGUGGUAACUCUCUGGAGGAGUUUGUUUCCAGGGAAAAAACCUCAGGUACCGUUGAGAGCCUGAGUCCAGGCGUUGAGUACAACGUCAGUGUCUACACUCUUAAAAACCACCUGGAGAGCGAACCCAUCUCAACCACUGUAACCCAAGAUGUACCUGUGGUGGGCGAUCUCAGCUUUGUCGAUUUCACGGACACCACGAUCGGAAUUAGAUGGACUCCGCUAAAUUACACAGCCGUUACCGGAUACCACAUUACGGUAGUUCCGAGUGGGCAGAGUUCCCCGAUUCUGGAAGACGUGGUGAACUCCUCCACCAGCUAUUAUACUGUUCGCGGACUGGAGCCUGGGAUCGAUUAUGACAUCAGUGUGACCGCCAUCACGGAUGAUGCUGAGAGCAAGCCAUCAGUCAUCACGCAGCAAACUCAGUCUGGUGUACCAGUCCCCACAAACCUGAUUUUUUCAGAGGUGGGUUCGGAUACCAUGCGGGUAUCAUGGACCACACCAUCCGUCCAGCCCACUGAAAUCAGUCGCUUUGUAAUUCGAUACCAUCCAACCAACAACGAUGAUGACUUACAAGAAGUCAAUGUGGGAGGAAGCACGACCAGUUUUGUCCUGCCGAACUUGCUGCCGAACACUGAAUAUAUGGUGAGUGUGGUGUGUGUAUAUGAUGACAGGGAAAGCCAACCUGUUACUGGUGUCCAGAAAACAAAACUGGACUCCCCCACAAAUCUGGUUUUCUCUGAUGUCUCUACUAACUCAUUUACCAUAAACUGGAUGGCCCCACGUGCCGUCAUUACCGGCUACCGCCUGCGCUAUCAGCCGACCAGUGGAGGUCGCUCUAAAGACGAAAGACUUCCACCAACCAGAAAUUACUUCUCAUUGGUUAAUCUGGCUCCAGAGACAGAGUACACCAUCUACGUUUAUGCUGUUAGCGGGAAUAAGGAGAGCCUUCCACUUACAGGAACAAAAGCCACGGUCUCUGAUGCCCCCACUGACCUGACUGUCACAUCGACCACACAAACAAGCAUCACCGUCUCCUGGGACGCUCCUGCGGUCACUGUACGCUACUACAAGAUCACACAUGGUGAAACAGGUGAAAGAGAUACGCCAAGAGAAUUCACUGUUCCUGGAACUGAGUCCAGCGCCACCAUCCAGGGUCUUCGGCCGGACACGGAGUACACCAUCACAUUGUAUGCUGUGACUGGCAGAGGAGACAGUCCUGCGUCCAGCACACCGGUCAUCAUCACCCACCGGACCUCAGGUGACAAUGUGGUGUCCUCAGGAGAUUUGGAUGUUAGUAAUAUUCAGGAUAGCGAAAUGAUCGUCCGUUGGAGCCCAGCGAAAGGUCUCAUCACAGGUUACAGAGUACAGGGAAAGCCCAAGCAUGGGAUAGGUCCAACAUUCGAUGAGUUGGUGGGACCUGAUCGCACUGAAACGACCAUACGUGGCCUAGUGCCCACAGUGGAGUAUGUGAUUAGUGUUGUUGCUAUUGGUCGAGGGGGUGUGACCACACCUGUAGUCCAAAAAGCUACAGCAGCAACUUCGGAACCUCCAAAAGAUCUGACCUUCUCUGAUGUGGACACCAGCUCCAUGCUUGUGACAUGGGAUGCUCCACAAACACCCGUGACCACUUACAGGGUUCUGUACUCCAGUCCAGAAGAGGGAGAAAGAGAGUACCAACCAGCUGUACGUGGGCGAGAUACCAGCGUGGCUCUCCAGGGAUUACGUCCAGGAACCGAAUACACAGUUAAAGUCAUUCCCAUGAAUGGGCGAGUCCCGAUGAAGACCCUUGAAGGCACUAAAUACACUACCCGUGUGGACUCUCAUCCCACUGCUGUUCCUGCCCCAACUGAUAUUCAGUUCUCCAACAUUGGUUCUUCCUCCUUUAUUGUGGCAUGGCGGGCACCCAAUGCCAGGCUUACUGGAUACCGUGUAGUGGUCACCCCGAAGGAUCAGUAUACCUUACCCAAAGAAAUGAAUGUUUCACCAGACUCUGCACAAGUUUUAGUGCCUGGUCUCAUGGUGGCCACUCCUUAUGAUGUUCACAUCUACGCAUUGAAGGGUUUACAAAGCAGUUCUCCUUUAACUGGGGAGUGUACGACUGCUGACAAUAUAACCCCACCUCGCCGUGUGCGUAUCACUGAUACUAAAGAUACCUCCUUCACUCUCACAUGGCGUGCUGGCACCGAGCCAAUGACGGGUUUUCUAAUUGAAGCCGUACCCAAAACCAGUGGUUACCCGACUAUCAGGAAAACUAUACCUGCUGAUCGCCAUACCUAUGUGGUCACUGGAUUACAACCAGGCAUAAUUUAUGUGGUCAGCAUUUACACAUUAAAUGGAAAUAGUCGAAGCCCACCUUUCACUUUGCCUGUUACCAUGGCUCGGGGAACUGUUCAGUCUCCAACCAACCUCCAGUUUACCUCUCUGACUCCCAAUUCCAUCUCCUUUACUUGGCAAGCCCCAUCCACACCCAUCACAGGAUAUUACAUCACUUAUGAGGAACAGGGCGGUUCCCCUCGUGAGCUCACGGCACCCCCCCGUGUUGGCCAGAACUACGCUACCAUUACCGGUCUGAGACCAGGCACUGAAUACAUCAUAAAGAUCAUCGCUCUACAGAAUGCCCAUAGAAGUGCAGCGCUGAUCGGCACAGCCAGUACUCAGCUGGCGUCCGGUCUGCCCGUUCCGCCUCACCGUGGCGGCCCAGACAAGUUGGAUGUGCCUGAAGGUGUGGUGGGUCCAACUGGGUCUGACUCGCCGGAUGAGCGCGGGCAGCAUGUGGAGUACACCGAAUACAACGGAGGCUACACACCUAACAACCCUCAAACAGGCUCUCGGCCUAACCAACCCAGAUAUCAGCCUUACGUUCCUCAAGUGGGGGAGACUCUUGUCUAUAUCCCUAAGGCGGGACCCGACGGGGGUCGUGUGCCGCAGGUUGUUCAGGUGAGUGAGAAACCUGGAGAUGCCAAUCCUUUUGGUUUUCCAGAAGACACAACAGGAAGACUACAGGAGGCCCAGACCCAGACCACCAUCUCAUGGAAACCCUACCAGCAAAGCUCCGGCUACCUGGUGUCUUGCCACCCCAUUACCCAUCAGGAUGAGAAGAUGUUUCAGAUGCAUCUCCCUGGAUCGUCCACAAGCGCUAAGCUGAUCGGUCUUACCUCUGGUGCCUCUUAUAAUGUCAUUGUAGAGGCCCUUAAAGGAGCCCUUAAACAGAAAAUCUUGGAGGAAGUCAUCACUGCUGGAAACACGGCUCCAGGAGAUGUUUCAUCCAAUAAGGAUGCAUGUUAUGACACCUUCACAUCCACUUACCAUGACGUCGGAGCGGAAUGGGAACGCAUGUCCGAGACCGGCUUCAAACUGUGGUGUAGAUGUCUCGGCCUUGGCAGUGGACAUUUUAGAUGCGAUUCUUCCAAAUGGUGUCACGAUGGUGGAAACAACUACCGCAUCGGUGAAAAGUGGGAACGGCGUGCAGAAAACGGUCACUUGUUGAGUUGUACUUGUCUGGGCAAUGGCAAAGGAGAGUUCAAGUGUGAACCUCAUGAGUCCACAUGUUACGAUGAUGGAAAGAUGUAUCAGGUCGGAAACCAAUGGCAGAAGGAAUACUUGGGGGCCAUCUGCACAUGCACAUGCUAUGGAGGACAGCAGGGUUGGCGUUGCGAGAACUGCAGGAGACCGGGUGCGGAGGUCAGCGCUGAUCUGCUCAAACCUGUCCGCUUGAACACGGGCUACAAUGUGAACAUUCAAUGCCCAAUUGAAUGUCUCAGACCAGACCUUCUCGCCGAUGCUGUGGCCAGUCCCAAUCACAAGACUAUUACCAGAGAGUAAAACGCCACCAUGACCUCAUAGCACCGCCUUAAAGCCUCCCUGUUUGUUACCACACCUCCACCGCUGGUCAGCUGCUGCUUCACAGCCAAUCACUGCACCCAUAGCAACGGCUGCGUUUAUUCAGUUUUUGUUUGGUCAUGUGAUUUAGUUAUCAAUUUUGUUUUUAUUGCCAUUCCAGUAAAUGUUAACUAUUAAAACACAAUUUAGGUAAAUUUGGUAUUGAUAUUUUUUAUGAGGCAGCAUCCUUUUUGAAAGCGAAAUAAAACAACCACACUAUUAUUACCUUGAAGUUGAUCAGAUGUUUAAAUUUACAGACAUGCAUUAAAACUUAAGCACUGUUUUAUAAGAAUGUCAGGUCAAGUUGUCCUUUAUAGAGAAUUUCUCACGGUUCACACUUAUUUAGAGUCCGCACUGUUUUUCGAUUAAAAGUGAUUUUAUUUUUUGUCUUUUUUUUAGUGUUUAUACCCUUCAUUCAGUGUUUAGUUUGUAUAGUGUUGUCUACUGUCCAUUCCAGUUUUCACUACUGUUGAUUACGAAUGUUCGUAUUUAUAUGAUUCACUCAAUUUCUUCUGUAAGUUCCAAAGUAAGCAAACGUUGUCAAAAACAAGUCAACAAAUGCCAAUAAAUUGUGACAGAACCUUUGAA